ACUGACAUAUAUCAUCCUCGUUUGAAAUAAUUUCUCUCUCUCUCUGCUCUCUAACUCGCUCCACCGCGCCGCCUACUCAGACCGUCGUACACACACCGGGCGAGAACGUUGAAUCGCCGUUUCAUUGGAAAGAGGAACAUCUCUCUUCUCUCAGUCUACAAAGUACAAACCAAUCCAUUCCCCCAAAACCGAAAUCCCUAAAAACAAUUAAAAAGAAACUCAUAGAGGAGAGUUCAGUUCACGAUAGCAAGUUUCAUUGAAUAAACCAUGACGGAACCUCAGAAUCCUUCACCAUUGACACAUUCUCCAGCGUUAGAAAUCGCACCUCAAACUCAACCACUGCCACCUCCCAAAAAGAAACGAAACCUCCCUGGAAUGCCAGAUCCAGAUGCUGAAGUGAUUGCUUUGUCACCGAAGACGCUGUUGGCGACGAACCGUUUCGUGUGCGAGAUCUGCAACAAAGGCUUCCAGCGCGACCAGAAUCUACAGCUUCACCGACGCGGCCACAACUUGCCGUGGAAGCUGCGGCAGCGAGGGAGCAAAGAACCGCAGAAGAAAGCUUACGUGUGUCCCGAACCUUCCUGCGUCCACCACAACCCCGCAAGGGCGCUCGGCGACCUCACCGGCAUCAAGAAGCACUUCUGCAGAAAACACGGUGAGAAAAAGUGGCAAUGCGAACGCUGCUCUAAGAAAUACGCCGUACACUCCGAUUGGAAGGCUCAUAUGAAAACUUGCGGCACCAGAGAGUACCGAUGCGACUGCGGCACCUUGUUCUCUAGGAGGGAUAGUUUCAUCACGCACAGAGCAUUUUGCGAUGUCUUAGCGCAAGAGAGCGCAAGGGCCCAGGACCAAGCCCAAGGUGGUAGCAGCAAUAGCUACGUGGUUGUUGUGUCUUCUUCGCCGCCUACGCCUCCACUCACUCCCUCUGCGUCUGUGGUGUCUCCAACUUUGUCCAUUCAGAGCUCAGAAAUUCCGGAAAACCCAUCAACGAAGGUGUCACCGACGUCUCCAAACGCAUCGUGUUUCGUGACAAGCAGCAGCAGCACCCCCUCCAGUACCACCAGUGUUUUUGCAAGUGUUUUAGCACCGUCGACAACACCAACAACUCCUUCACAAUCACCAUCAAAUUCAACUUGUUCAUUCUCCAACCUCAUGUCAAACUUGGCUCGUUCGGAAAACUCCAAUGCCUUAAUGAGAGAACCCACAUCCCUCUCCCUCUCCACACCACCCUAUCACUCCAACAAUGACCCUCUUCAUUACACUGCAUUACCCCAACCUGCACUAUCUGCCACUGCACUACUCCAGAAGGCAGCUCAGAUGGGUGCUUCAAAUGCAUCCCUUCUUCGUGGAUUAGGCUUAGCAAGAACAUCCUCCUCCUUCGGGAAAGACGAGGGUGUUAACAUUAAUGCAACCACAACAUUACAAUGGAAUGGCCAAGUGAAGCAAGAGAAUCAUCCAGUGGUGGAUAACCUUGGGCUUGGGCUUCCAUGUGGGAGUGGGAGUGUGCCAGAUGUGAUGAUGGGCCCUACUACUCCAUUUGUGGGCCAGCCCAUGACCCGUGAUCUUCUUGGUCUGAGCGUCGGUGGCGGGGCAACAAGCAGGGGUGGUCUCUCUGCUUUACUCACCUCUUUUGGAGGAAACUUUGAUUCGCCGAGUGAGGGAGGAGUUCACCGGUAGAAAACUUGGUAAUGCUUAUUAUGUGUUUGUUUUUCAGUUGCCUCCAGUGCUCUGCCCUUAAUUAGUUGCAUCUGCUCAACAAAGUGGUUCAGUUCAGUCUUUUUGGCCACACCCGGAAUUUUUGUGACGGGUAAAUCAGCCAACUGAUUGCUAUGCAGAAAAUGAUAGGAUAAAGUUACAUGUAGAAUGCGUUAGAAUAAUCUCUCUUUUGAAUAUUUAUUGUGUAUAAAAUUAGAAUGCCUUUUCACUUUUUCUUUUUCUGUAAUAAGUGUGCUCAUGCUGUAGAUAUGGCCAGUUGGCCACUGCCGUUUUAUUUUUUAUGUUGAAUUUCACCGCAACUAAACCUAGUACAUACUAGUAUAUAGUAUCUUUUCUUUGGGGAGCGUUU